AUGGUGAGGGCCCAAAAAUGCCACAUCGAACUGAGUUGCCAUACGGUGCACGUCGCUUCGUCGUAGAUUAAUUGUUUGUUGAUCGCAAAUAUGUCUGGUCGUGGUAAGGGUGGAAAAGCUAAAGGAAAGGCGAAAUCCCGUUCUAAUCGGGCUGGAUUGCAAUUCCCUGUUGGACGUAUCCACAGACUCCUGCGAAAGGGAAAUUAUGCCGAGCGUGUCGGUGCCGGUGCUCCGGUCUAUCUGGCUGCGGUGAUGGAGUACCUUGCCGCUGAGGUAUUGGAAUUGGCGGGAAAUGCCGCACGUGACAAUAAGAAGACCAGAAUCAUUCCCAGGCAUUUACAACUAGCCAUUCGCAAUGACGAGGAGUUGAACAAACUGCUUUCUGGCGUUACCAUUGCUCAAGGUGGUGUACUGCCAAACAUCCAAGCGGUUCUUUUACCAAAGAAGACCGAGAAGAAAGCUUAACUGCAAAUCAUCAGCAAAUAAAAAAA